CCAGUCGCUUCCUAUUUAUUGCUGCAGCUUCUGCUUUCACGGUUGUGUCACUUUGCAUUGUAAAGCUCAGUGCUUCAGUAAUACAGAUGCAGUGACAACAUAGCAGUACUAAAAUAAAGGCCGGAGUAAAACAUACAACACUCAGCCAUUACAGUGAGUUGAAAUGGCUUACUCACAGAUCCGCCUGAAGAUUCUCCCCAGUGUUCGCUGUCUCUUCGAUAAACUGGUGCAGGUAAAAGUAGAAGGACUUGCUCCUCACAAACCAGUUGAACUGAGGUCCAAACUAGUCGACGACAGAGGGGUGAUUUUCAAGGCUUCUGCCCUGUACAAAGCAGAUGAAACUGGCCAGGUGGAUGUCUGCCGAGCACCCUCUCUGGGAGGAAGUUACACCGGAGUGGAGCCCAUGGGUUUGUUUUGGUCCAUGGCACCAGAGACUCCACACGGAAAACUGCUGAAGAAGAACGUGCUCAGCCCAACACUGGUGGAGAUAGAAGCACUGAGCGGAGAGACUGGUGAGGUCUUAGCCUCUGAAACUAACGAGAGAGUAUACAUGACAGAGGGGAUGAGGAGAAUACCUGUGCAAGAGGGAAGAAUACGAGGAGUCCUCUUCAUACCUCCAGGAAAGGGUCCAUUCCCAGGAAUAGUGGAUCUGUACACAUUUGGUGGACGUCUAACUGAGCCCAGAGCCAGCCUCCUGGCCAAUAAAGGUUAUGUUGUUCUGGCACUGGCCUAUUUUGGCUACCAGGAUUUACCGAAAAGACCUAAAAUGUUGGAUUUGGAGUACUUUGAAGAGGCUGUUACAUAUCUGAGGAGACAUCCGGAGGUUAAAGGUCCUGGGAUUGGCAUCAUAUCAAUCUCUCACAGUGGCGGUUUGGCUUUGUCGAUGUCGUCUUUCCUCUCUGGGAUCUCAGCGACCGUCUGUAUUAAUGGCUGCAUUGGAAAUACUGUGAUUCCCUUACACUACAAAGACAUUGUUCUACCUCCACUUUCCCCUGUCAUAACGAAUGUUAAAAUCAAAGGCUCUGGGCUUAUCGAUAUACGCGAUGCCUUACCAGACCCUUCCUUGGAAGAGAACAGGGCGUCAUUGUUUCCAAUUGAACGUGCUAGCUGCCAGUUCCUGUUUGCCGUUUCUGAAGAUGACCACAACUGGAACAGUGCUCUUUUUGCCGAGCAGGCUGCUGCAACACUGAGAAAACACAGCAAAGAGUCAUUUAAGGUGGUGACAUACCCUAAAGCCGGACACUUUUUGGAAGUCCCUCACAUGCCUCAUUGUCCGUCUGGGUUCCAUGGAGCAGUGGGGAGUGACGUGGUGUUUGGUGGAGAGCCAAAAGCCCACUCUGAGGCUCAGCUGGACCUGUGGGACAGAGUCCAGGAGUUCUUCAAGAGCCACUUGGACAACAAGAGCACUUGUUAGCAAGCAAUGCUGCAUUAAGUGUGUCAAGCAUCCCAGAAUGGCUGUCCUUAGCUAUGCUUUGCCUUGCCUUCAAUUUCUAAUGAAUGAAAUUGUUAAAGGGUUAUUAAAUGACACUGUAUGAGUAUUCCUAUGUUGAGGCUUUGGUUUAAUUACUCUCUAGACCUCAUUUAGAAGCAUGCCUUCAGUCCAACUGGUGUUUUUAUUUUUUCCUUUUCCACAAGCUUACAUUUGUAUCGUGGGUUACACACAAGGUGGGAAAUAAGCACCAGCCAAAUGCUGGUAAAAUAUGAAAGUGGCUUAUAGAUAAACAGAAAAUAAUGAUUUACUAUCAAAAAGUUAUUUUCCCACCCUGGUCACAAAACAUUUAUGCAGAUUUAAUUCUUCCUCACAGCAGAUAUUUUUACUCGUCAACACAAGUUGAGCUUAAACCGUUAGUCUUCCUCCACUCUUCUUGUUCCUACGGUUGUUUAGUUAAUUAGGAGACAUCUUGUGUCGAGCACAAAGUUUUUAGAAAUAAACACAAUUUGCAUAUUCAUAGAUUCUGUAAUUUAGGAGUAGAUGCCUUUUUAAGGUUUUUAAUGUGGAAAUUAUACUUUUUUUUUUAAGAAAAAAUGACAAAAAUUGUUCAAGCGGAUUUAGUACAUGGGGCGGCUCCUUAGGUUUUCCACUGGGGCGAGGGAGGGAGGGAGUGAGUGAGUGAGUGAGUGAGUCAUUACUGUUAUUAAUUACAGCUGGGCUUUUCCUACAAUGACAUGACAAAUAUUUCUGCUGUGAACCACCUGAAUAUCGCAGGUUCCAAACUAAAAUGUCUCGGAAUUAUAGCCCGACUGAUAUGGCUUUUUUGAGGCCAAUACGGUAAUCUAUUUUCGAGGGUGAAAAUUCAGCUAUUGCCUGUUAUGUCUAUGCGAAGGUACUCAGAAGGCUGCUUUCUUUAACUGAUAACUUUAUGAAAGAAUAUUUAGGCUAAAUAUUAUUUAACAUGUUAAAAUAAUUCAAUAUAUAGGCUAUAUUGUCAACAAAAAGAAUUAAAAAAAUAAAAUAAAAAAGCUAAAAAUCAGUACUGUAAAAACCACAAUCCUUUGUAUAAUACACUGGGAAAAAAACAGCAUAUUGGAUUAUAUAUAUGCCGAUACCGAUACGAUAAUGAUAUUUUAGUGAGAGGCCGAUAUCGACUGAUAUAUCUGUAAGGGGUUACUCAGAAUGAGUAACAUAAUGUGUGCUUGGUUGGAAUCAAUCACAGAUAAUCUGGGAUAACUUGAGCUCUGUAUGUUUAACACUCCUUGUCUCUGUCACAUGCAGUAUUAUUCUGAAUUCCUAGUAAUUGUGAUUAGUUUAAUUAUUUGUGGUUGGAAAAGGGCUGCGUAAUAAUUCAAUAUUAGAUUUGACUGACUUUGAUGUGUGAUAUUAUCAUGCUGUGUUACCGUUUUUCAAAAUAAUGCUGUACAAAUAGAUCAUUCCAAGAAGACUGGAAUUAAAAACCAAUAAAUGAGUUAACUCGUGUUCAGCAUAACAGUGGAGGGAAGUUAACUGCAUUGAACAAUAAUGCGAUUGUUGUACACGUGAUUGUGCAAAUAUUUUUGCCAUAGGAUAUAAAUAGAUAUCAGAAAUAUUGUUAAUAAUAAAAGUAGAUACCAAUAGUUUCAGCCUGUAAUAAUCGCGCCUGCUCUUACGGCAAUCAGUGUCAUUGUAAUACAUAAACAGUCCAGCGGUCUCCCAGAAUAACUACUAUUUGUGCAAAUGUUGGCAUCUAGAGGCAGCUCAGCCUCCCUACAAUUCUCUUUGAUGUUCCUUACACAUAAAUAUGAGAUGUGUUUUGUCCCAUACAACAUAAUGUGAAGCCGACUGGGAGGAGAACUUUCAUGAUGAAAGAUUGUGAAACAAAAGCUUAUAUUUUAUUUUAAAUAACAUUAAUCCCACCGGUUUUAUUCCCAUGUUAAAGUUCAAAACCUUGGAAUUUUACAUGAAAGGCAGUGGAUGGGAAGUGAAUUCACUUUGAUGAUGUAAGUGUUUCUCUUAGGGAUUUCAUUAACAAUGUAGCCUGCAUCAAAGUAAGGACUCUGAAGUAGAAGACAAAGACGAUUGUAUCUCUUCCACCACAUCCAUCUUUAUGAGGAAAUCUUUCUAACUCACACGAUGCAGGAAAAUACUUUUAAUAUGCUGAGUCAGUCCUCUUAGCCUAUUAAAAUGUCAGGCAUACUGUGCUGAUUUAACAAAUGUGAAUGCCUGAAAUAUGCAUUAGCACUACAGUAAGAAUUACUUUUGUGAAUUUCCCCAGUGUGGGAUCAAUAAAGUCUAUCUGAA